AUAGCAGCUAAAAUAAUAAGGUAAAAGCUAUUUGGUAAAGCAUGUUUUAAGAGUUUCUCAGGUAAACUACUCCAUACGGUUGGGGGCCUGACAGCAAAGGCCCUGUCACCUUUGGUCUUCAGUCCUGAGCUUCAUUAAAAGAGGUAGAAACGGCAUUUUGUUGUGAAUUUAACAACUAUUUUUCACUACAGCCUUUUCUAGCAUCUGCUGAGGAAUUGCUGUUUGGGGUGCGCAUAAAGCAAAUGCUUUACCUCAUCUUUAAAGUACAUAUUUCUCAAAGGUGGUGUGGUUGCCUAAUAGUCCUCUUAAAGCAACUUGCUGCAAUAAUAAUGUUUAAAAGUGUGUUUGGCCAGCCGCCGCCUCUGGCCUCAUUUCAAUGACACUCCAUGAGACAGGUUCCACCUGACUUGCACUGACUUGUGUAACACAUGAACACUGGUUGUUUAUGGUUAUAACACAGCUCGGCUCUGCAGUUCGUCUUGUCCUUCCUUAAAAAGCACAAGAUACAGCACCUCCAGACAAACAUGUCAACCCCAUUAACAGCCUUACAUCAGGUGCACGUGGUUUCUAUGUCAGGGUAUGUUAAUGCAAAACAAGUGAGGAUCACCACCACUGGGCUUAUGUCACUAUCACCACCUCGCCCCUGUCUGAUCUCAUCUGCUGCUGCUGCUGCUGCAGUUGGGAUUCCCUUCAGUCUCCAUGCAACCGCGUCAGCAUUAGCACGCUAACCUGUCGCACGAAGCCACUGAUUCAGUACAAAUUAAACCGGGUAAAAAAAGAAAAGAGGAGCAUCUUUGUCGCAGGACUUAUGUUAUGAAACUCUGCAUCCUUUGGUUUCACAACAGGGCUAAAAGGCGUGCGCUCAGCCAAUGGGAGGGCGCGUCGCUGCGUCACGUGGUCUUUUAUUUAUGUAAUGUAAUGGUGUAACACAGUAACAGCGCCGAGGCUGAGCGUGUACGUCGGGUUAAGAUCGGACACGGACCUGGAUAUAAGAAAUAUCCAUGUGCACCUCUUCUUCUUCUGCGGGUCGUGUGUGGAGUCUGCAGCGGACUUCUGCUUCUUCGCUCGUUUUACUCCAGCUGCUCUGAGAGGGGAGCUGCCGUGCGUCUCACGGUAAAACCACCACGUUAGCGCUGGAAAUGGAUCAUGCCAGUUUUAUGCGUAAAGGACAUUACUGAGGUGAGCGUGUGACAGCAGGAGUGAGCAUUAGUCGAGCUGGACCCGAGCCGGUGGGUGAUCACAGAGGAGGGGGACUCACUGACCGUGUCUGGCUGUCAGCGUGUUAUUUAAAUGGUCCGUGCACGACCACCACUGUUACUACUUCUUAGAAACCGUCCACAUCUCCCCAAAGCUGCGUCUCUUCCCUUCUUCUGACCGACAUAACCGCAGCCAGCCCCUUCCCCAUGGAUCUCCUGGAGUGUCCCCUGUGCCUCUUCCUCAUGACCGAGCCGGUGACCGUGUCGUGCGGCCACUCGUUCUGCCGGAGGUGCGCGGUCGGAGGAUUCCUCCCGUCCAAGUGCCCGGCGUGCAAAGCGAGGCUAAAACAAAGGGAGGUGAGGGCCACCAAGAACAACGUCCUGCUCAUCGGCGUCGCGGAGAAGUGCUGCCCGGACCCGACCCGGACCAUGUGCCACAUCCAGGAGAAGCUGAGAGCCAGCGCAUUCCCCGAGGCUUUACGCAUCGCCAGCGAGGGGCUGGACACGGCCCCAGAUGACCUGAGUUUGAAGUUGUACAGAGCAGAAGCUAACUGUGGCCUGAUGCGUUUCUCUGAUGCUCUGACAGACCUCGACUACCUCUGCUGCCUUCGACCCAACUGGACCGAGGGCUUCUUUCGUAAAGGGAAUGUACUGCUGGAGAUGGGUCAGCAGACAGACGCUCUCAUCCAGUUCCACCACUGCCUCAAACUGCAAACCGACUUUGUUCCUGCAAAGAGUCAAAUCAAGAAGAUCCUGGAGGCAGAGGGCAUGGCGGUGCCGGAGGAGGUAUCCUGCAUCCUGCAGAUUGUAUCAGAGUACCUGAAAGAGCCCUGCCCCAUCACCAGCCUCAGUGGCUCUCAGGGGCCGCUGCAUCCUGAGGCCCUCAAACAUCCACUCGGAGAAGAGGGAGAAGGUAAAGGGAGGAGAGAGACACACCAGAUGAAACACGACACAGGUACGGAGUGCUGCCUCAGCCUCUGCCAGGCGGUGUCCUUCCUCCCUGCAGCUGAAGAGGACGAGGAAAUGAUGAUGAGGAAAGAAGAUGAACAUGGUGAAAGUAGUCAGCGCAGAGUGAAAACUCUGGGUGUUCUCACUGUGUCAGAUUUUGAGUGCCCUCUCUGCAUUAGGUUGUUCUUUGAGCCGGUCACGACUCCCUGUGGUCACACCUUUUGUAAAAACUGCAUAGAGAGGAGUCUGGACCACAACCUCCGCUGUCCACUCUGCAAACAGCCGCUGCAAGAGUACCUAAAAAACAGGAAGUACAACCCCACGAUUUUGCUUCAGGACAUCAUGAACCAGCGUUUCCCAUCACAGUUGGCUGAGAGGAAGCAGGUUCACGAUGCUGAGAUGGCUGAACUGUCCAAUCUCAAUAAGGACAUCCCUAUAUUUGUUUGCACGGUGGCUUACCCUGGAGUCCCCUGCCCCCUGCACAUUUUCGAGCCUCGGUAUCGGCUGAUGAUGCGACGCUGCAUGGAGACAGGCACCAAGAGAUUUGGCAUGUGCAGCUAUGAGCAUGGCAAAGGGUUUGCUGACUAUGGCUGUAUUCUGGAGAUCCACAGUCUUGAGUUGCUGCCUGAUGGACGGUCUUAUGUGGACGCUGUGGGUGGCAGCAGAUUCAGGGUGCUUAAGAGAGGUCAGAGAGACGGUUACCACACUGCUGACAUAGAGUACCUGGAGGACCUCAAGGUUGAUGAUAGUGAGUUAGAGCUUUUGCAGCAUCUCCAUGACAGUGUGUACCAGCAGGCUCAGGAAUGGUACCUGCGCAUGGGCAGCCGCAUUCGUGAGCAGAUCGACAGACAGUACGGCACCAUGCCAGAAAAGGAGGAAAACAUUCAGUCCUCAUCCAACGGCCCAGCCUGGUGCUGGUGGCUGCUGUCUGUCCUGCAGCUGGACCCAGCCUAUCAGACCACUGUCCUGUCCCUGACCUCGCUCAAAGACCGCUUGGGACACCUCCGCCUCGUUCUUGAGUACUUCUCCCAGAGCUAGACUCCGCAGCACAGCGUUUUACUGACGCACAGAUAAAUGGAGUGAAACCGUUGAAUGCACUCACACCACAGAGUUUUGGGACUUUAUUUUGUGUUUUUUUUUUUACUACUCUGAAUCAUAGAUGGACUGUUAUAAAAGCAGCUCGAGGCCAAAUCACCUAGUCUAAAGGUGCAAGGGUUGUUCUCUUAUAAAACAGAGCAGUUGUGCAGGUGUUGGAUUUUUGCUGUUUGAAAUUGCAUAUGUUUUCUUUCUUACACCAUCUUCUACCCUGGGAAUUCUUAAUUGCAGGGUUGACCAAAGAUGCUUCUUAUUUAUGGUCAUCAAAAAGUGGUUAAUUAUUAUAGUGUUAUUAUUUGUGGAUAAAAUAAGUCGUUUUCUAAAUAAUAAUAUGGAAGGUCGACACUAGGUGUCACUGUUUUUUCACCAGUUAUUACAAACAGCAUCACCUGAGCUACUACAGUAUAGUGAUAUUAGUGUCCUGCAUUGACUCAGUUCAAUUUAAACUCUUUGCAUUAGUAAAGCUAAGUUUGAAGUGAGAAUAAACAUCAAUAGCACAACACAAUUAGUGGAAAGGUUUUCAGGACUAUAUGCACAUACGAGGAUUAAACUUCAUGCUUUGCAGGUGAUUGUUUUGAGUGAUUACCGUUUGCUGGAGGGCUUUAUUUGCUUUUUAGUUGCAUCUAUUGGCCUUGACAGCAAUUGACUGUGACUCGUUUUAAUGCCAUUCAGUAAUCCCAAAAGAUCCCUAUUUCCUAUUAGUAAAUAUUGCAAUAAUAAUUUGAAGUGUCACUUGGAAUAGCAGCAGCUGGAGGAAUUUCUUUUUAUGAAUGAACUCUGCUGCUGUUGUCAUCUUCUGGUGAAAAAAGAAAAGGAGAUUGAUUUGGGUGAUUCAGGCGUACCAGCUUUGUUUUUUACGUAUGAACCAGUGUGAUGAUGUGUGUUGAUUUGGCUGAUGUGGAUGCAGCACUAUAUGUUUGAGUGUCAUCGUCAGUCGACGUGAUAUUGUGCGAGCACUGAUACCAGCUGGUGUCACGUCCGCUGCCUUUAAAUGCAGAGACAGAGCGUGAUACAUCUCCUGUGCAGGGACUGGUGUAGAUUUGCCUGGUGGUCAGACUUGGACUGAGCCCCCCUGUGGUGGCUCUGUGUGGGUGGGCCACCACACCUACUGUACCUCUGGCCCCUAACUCUUGCUCAGCGUGUGCUUGGCCCUUCUAACAACCCACCAUGGUGCCCCCGAGUGCCUGGGCCAGACAAACUGGAGACCUGCAAGUCUUAGUCAUAACAUUAUAAGGACAUACAUGUGAUUUUUGUCAUUGUCAUAUUUUUAGUGCUACAUUCCAUAGAAUGUUAAAUCUACAAUGUUACGUGGAGUUAUUUCACAAUCACUAACAAGUACGGGCGUAACUGGGUGAAACGAGAGUUGAUGUGGUUUAUUUUCUAUUUUUCUGUGUAAUGUGUUUAAAAGCUAGUGUGUAACUUUCUGUGCGUACACGGACACUGACAUCGAUUUCACCAUCAAAGUGUGCAUGCAAGGCUUCGUGUGGACAUCUGCAAUGUUUACCCUCUGAUUUGUUGUGUCGCAUCUUGACAAGAGAAGCAACAGUGCAUGCACUCCUCCGAGCCAAACGAUAAAAGAUUUACAUAAAACUAUGUGUCCAAAAGUGAAUUUAACUGAGGCCUUAUAAGGACAGUUUGUGGAAUUAAAUCUUUGUAUGUCUACAUCACAGCCUGAUUUAGGCUCUGGCCCUCAUGCCGUUUGUAUGGUGGACAGUGAAUGACCGUGUUUUCGUGGCCAACAUAUCACUUUUAAACAGAAUCAGACUUAGUGCACCAAUCACACUUAAACAGUAAGAUUCUCCCUUAUGUGUAUAUAUAUUGUAGCUUAGAAUACUAGAGGACAAAUGGACGGACUGUAUGGACACUGGGGCAGCAGUGACCAUCUGAAUUACUACAACCUGGGCACUAACAAUUUACUUGAGGAGAACAAACACUGUUUUUUACUAUUUCUUAACAUGGGGUUGUUUGACGUCAAGGUUUCUGAAGCUGAAUCUGGGAAUAAGAUCAGAGCCUCAAGACUUUAAUGUGCCAGUUACCACACCUUUUCUCCACAGCUGCUGAUUUCACUGAAAAAAAAGGAUGCACCAUAAAGCUGAAUUUCCUUCAACCAGAUACGAAUAAAGCUCACUUGAAUCAAAAA